AUGGAGGCACACAAGAAUAAGGACGCUCUGUUUUGGCGAGACAAGUCAUUUCCAUACUAUGAUGAUCUGUUUGCUUUAUAUGAUGGGCGUUAUGCUGAAGGAAGAAGUUGUCGUGGUAUGGAUCAUUAUGCCAAUAAGUCACCUUCAGCUAGUAUACCUGCUCUUGGUUCUUUCAGUUUUGAUAUUGAAGAGUACAGGGAUGAUACUAAUUGGUUUGGUAAUAAUGAAGCAUUUACUCCAUUGGGAACUUUCCUGCCUCAAAAAACACCAGAUGGACCAUCUUCCAUAAAUAUAGCACCACAUGUUCCUGAACAAUUUGAAGAAACUCUUCAUCACAGUGCCCGGCCAUCUAGUUCAACUCCGGAGGCAGUUGAUGGUAAGCGUGAUAAAAGGCAAAAGACCAAGCACACUAUUACAACUGAUCAUUUUCAUGAGAAGUACUUGAAGCUAGAAAAAGAAGAGAUUGAAUGA